AAAUGGCGGACAGUGGAGCCAAGAAAGCCAGUGAGGAAUUUUUUCAGCAUUUAAUCAGUUCUUCGGAGAGUUGCGUGGAUGACAAAGUUUGUGUGGUGGGGAUCUUCGGAAAAGACAACAUUGGCUACAAGUCGAAAGCUGUACAUCUGAAUGGAACUAUUGGGAAAGAAGUUUUCAAGAUUGACUUUUUAGAUGGUACAUUCAAGAAGAAGGAUACAGAUGAAUUUUCAUGUGACAUUAAUGUCUAUCAUGAUGUAGAACAGAGAAUAAUCUAUUUACACCUUGUGUCUGUUUAUGAUGUGUCAAGACUGUUACAACUUUGUAAACAAGCUCCACAAGAUGCACAGAAUGCAGCUUCUCAUCAGUAUUGGAUGUCCCAUGAAUUUUACUAUGCCUGUGCAUUACUGUUCCUGUUCUCUGUCUCUCAUAUUGUUGUUCUUCUGCAUCCCUCACAGACUUUUGAUCUGAAUUACAUCAGGCUCUUUCGCACAUUAGCUUCAACAAGACACCAGUUACUGCCUCAGAUAUCCCAGCUAUUAUCUGGUGUGGAUGGUAUUCCUGAUAUUUGGAGGCAGACUGGACGGCCUUGUAUUCCCAGACUGGUGUGUUCAAUGAAACAGCGGGUCCCUUUCAUGGAUCCUUCACAAGUGUCAGGGAAAAGCCAAGAUACUUAUGCCAGCAAGACUAAGGGAAAACAACAAAGCAUCACUCCACAAAAGAAACUUCAGCAUGCUGUAGAGGAUCAGCUGUACAGCAUAAUGAGAAAGGCCAGGCUCCUUGGAAGUCUUAGUUCCAGUUCCCUGUUCACUGUAAACUCAAGUCACGCCUUUGUUCACAUGCAGCCAUGUUCAACCAACUUCGACCCUGUUGCAGUUCUCCUUAAUACUUUGGCUAAACCGGCUAUCAACACUAAAUGGGUGGAGAAGAGUCCUCUUCUGAAGAAUAGCAAAUUCCUUAAGAGAGAAUUCUCAGAGUCCGGAGGGAACAGCGAAGCACAUUCCACGGAUGACGUGUUGUUCCGAGACUACCUGAAACAGCAGAUUGAUCUCUUAAUGACCGGAGAUGGUGGUCGAGAUGGAGUGGCUGAGGGACGCAGAGGAACGCAUGUAGAGGUUCCUUCUUGCCGUUUGUGGGCGCGUGUAUCGCUUGCUCUGUAUGAGUUCUUCUUGACUCCAAAGAAUGACUUGAUAGCUCCUCUCACCGCCAUGGCAUCUAAUCUAGAUCUCGACAUGAAAUUCUCUGAGGCGCGCUGUCGGAAGGCGAUACCUGUAGCAACAAGUGCUUACUUAGAAAAUCUUCCCUCACAUUACACCCAGAAUGUUCACUUAAACCAGCUGUCUCAAGCACUUCGGGUGUUUUCUUUGCACGCUCGCGGACCUGCAUUUGAACACUACGCAGCUCAGUUUCAGGAUGAGUGUAACAAGGUAUGGAUGAACGGAAGACAGCUUUGCGAGGAGCGUAGCUUAACUGGACGUCACUGUGUUUAUCCGUACCACCGGGUCCCUGCAGAAGGCGAGAUACCCUCCGAUCCAGUCUCCGAGGAAUCCAAGGAGCUUGGGGUUAAUCCAUGUAAGCCUCAUUCAAGUCGUAUCACCAGCGUCAGUGCCUGCAACUGUGGAAGGAUACAGGAUCACAGAGAAGAUCCUUUUGAUCUGAAGACAGCUAACAUGGACUUCUUCAAAAUUCUCGAGUCAAAGUGCUGUUUUUCGCUGGUUCAUCUGUUCUUUCCAUUUCAUCCAAUCGCUCUCUCUUCAAAAAACUCCCACAAAACCUCUACGGAAAUAUCAGAUGAAGCCCCCCUCCUGGAAAUGCCAUCAGAGAUAGUCAGUUCUAAGGGAGAAGAAGUCAAAUCCGGGGAAGUUGGUGGUGAGGGGCACGUGAGUGACGAGACGUCCAACAGUGAGACGCCCGCGGUACAAGUUGCCCCGACAACUGGAUCCAUUCCCAUUCCAAACUCGGGCGUUGCUGCAAGGACAGACAAUUUGGGAAGCCUUGGGCACAGUGUCAGUUCUACCUACGGGGCGAGUGGGUACCAAUCUACGCUGGAGAUGAUGAGUCACGAGGGGUCUGAGUUUAGGAGUAUGCCAUCCGAGUUCAAGAGUGUUGUAUCCGUGGGAAUUCCGGGAGAAAUAAGCAUGGGAGAUUCCCAAGAUGUCCUCUCCGCCGUAGGGGAGCACGUUCCCGGCGUGCACUCUUUUGAAAGAUUCUCAUCGCGUGAUGAAAUGGAACAGAUCUAUCUGGAAACCAUGUUGAACAGUGAUUCGCCUCCUGGUAUUCUACCCCGCUUUCCUUCCUGGUCGCUUUGUCGUCUGGGAAGCGCAAGCGCCUACAAUCCCGCGAAAGGUCUGGACCAACCGGGAUUUUUCCCGAACAGCAAUUAUCUGUUGGCUUGGGACAUUCCUUUGCUGAAUGAAAGCCAAUCAGAUUUAACGAGCCAGUUUGAUGGAAAGGGCAAGCACUUGGGGUCUAAGCAAAUGACCGAAGAAGCUUGGCCUACGCUGAAUGAACUCCCUUCUGCCGGAAGUAAUGUUUCGUCACUUCCUCUGCACCAGGCUCUGACUUAUGCACGUCGACAAUGUUCAGAUUAUAAAGCAAAUACGCUUCCUUUGAUAUCGAGUGCAGUAACAGGGAAAGGUGCGUCUGGGGCCUCUCGGCAGCGGGGUAGAGCCGCCCGUGAAGGGGCGCUACCGACAGUGAGGGCCUAUAUAGGACAGGAAUAUGAGUGCCCAAGGGGACAUAGGUUUAUCUGCUCAGGCCCGGACAAGAUGGUGAAAGCGACCAGUUCCGGUCACGUCAAGGAAACAGCUCAGAAACUGGUGACGUCAGACAUGCCUCUUUACUUCCCAUGCCCCUGUCGGUCGUCAAAACCUCUCAUGGCUCAAAUGAUGCGCGUCUUUAUCGUCACACCCGAUUCACCUAUACUCGUGACCCUUAACCCGCGGGUUCAACCUUCCCUUCCACCAUGUCCUGUGUUUUACCCUGGUGUUAAUGCGGGAGUCACUAUUCCCCCAGGAAGUUUCUGUGUACUGAGAUUACCGUACGUGUAUGUCUCAGACGUCGGUCCAAUUCUACCACCCGGUGAUUCGCAACCGCUGUUGUCGUGUCGGGUAUUGAAGGGGCUGUUUUCUGUAAUGGGGCUUGUUCAGGAAACUGCGAGAGAAAACCUUGUUGAGGGACGGCGCUAAGUCUUAACUGAACAUCUUAGCGGCUCCAGUCGGAGAGAGUUUCGCUCCCGGAGGCAGAAAGUAGACAAAGUAAGAGUUUGACUGACUUGCAAGUUACCCAUUGUCGCCCCAUAAGUUGCUCAGAUUGUUCCGUUAGGUUGAGUGAGGAGCAAAAAUAACCCAACGCUAAUGUAAAGCUUGGUCUCGUGUUGUUAAUAGACACUUGUAACACGUUUCUCUUGGGUCGACGAAAAGAAGAUUUUGUUUCAAACACACGAUGAAGCCCAGUUUGAGAUGACGUCUAAGUUGAAUCGAUAGAUGUUAGCAAAACGGCAAAUUAGAGACGUUUUAGUGUUUGAAGAGGGAUUCAUGUCUGCCCGGUGUCUUGGUUGAGACUUUUUUACUUGUAAUUCAUAGAGGAAUUCCAUGUAACUUUUAAAUGAGGAGAGUCUAUUCUUCAGAUACUUCACACCGUUCCGGAAAAUCACUCUGUUUGAAAAUUAAAACGUAGCAUGCUAUGACAGUUAUGGCUUUGUUAGCGACAGAGGAAAAAUGUUCAAUUUAAAAACACCAAAGUUCAAUGAAAAUUCAGAUCAAUAUCAGUCUCUGAGCCUGUGCUCUUACCCCUCCCUUAAACCAAUAACAGUCAACUGAUAAGAAUUAAGGGUUAAUGUUGAGUAAGAGGAGGGGUAGGUGCCCUGUUACGCAGACAUUGACAUUUAUCCGAAAAUUCUGUCCGAAAAAAAAUGUAUCGUUAUCUCUGAUAGUUGAAGAGUCAAGGGCGUAGCAAGGGAAGGGGGGGGAACCAGGGUUUCCCUUGACCCCCCAUUGUAAGCCUUUCUUUGUCACAUUAAGGAAAACAUGGCAUGGAGGUCGACGUGAAAAUCCGGUAGGUACUCUCUGUUUAAAACAGUAAGCCCCCUCUUCCUGGCUACGCCCCUGAGAGUUUUUCUCUCUUGUGGAUUGUUAAUGUCCCAGAUCUACAGAGAAACUGAAUCCCUAUCUAUGCCUUGCGUGUUCUUAAUUCAAUGAUGAAAAUGUUCCUACUGAGGGGCGAUGUCAUCGUCUUGAAAGAAGUUAUUUAAAUUCUCACAUUCACGACGUGAACUAAAUAGCCUGAUUUAAUAGAUGUACAUUACAAUCCUAUUUAAUGGUUUGGUACUGGAGAUCAGUAAAGCUUUUUAUAUAGAAGUACAGUUCUAAAAUUAGUUCCAAGCGGCUUAAUGUGAUCAACAAUCAACUAAUUUUUCAGU